GCAAAGCUCAACGUUUUCUGAGCAAUAAGGCUGUUGGAGUUAGAGGUGGUGAAGAUGUGGUGGGUAAAAGGGAUGAGCAAAGUAUGGUUUUGGAAGGAGAAGUAGCAGCUGGUGUUAGACCAAGUGAUAGAGGUUAGACAGACAGGGGUUUGGGCACAUUUCUUAGACUUAAGGCGAAUCCUGGUGCGGAAUGGGGAGUUAGAUUGUGUUUUUGUAGACAACUCUCUUGGUGAAUUUGUUGUUGGUUUUUUUUUUUUCUUCCUGGAAUGUUUUAACUCAUUUGUGACUCAGCACUGGUUGGGAUUUGCCUUCCCUUGGAUUUUGCCUGUGAAGCGUUUUGGUGUGUUAAUGAGCUGCCGUGGGCAGCAGGUAUCUGGGAAAGCUGCUGUAGACUUCUCCAGUCACGUAGGAAGUGCUUGUGAUCUUACAUUUCAUGUACUACGCUCGGGAUCUGUGAGACUUUCAUGAGGUGGAAGGUGUCAUCUGGGAUGGUGUCACUUGCUGGUCACAAGGAGCGUCCCCAGGACUCAGUGUUGGGGCCAGUCUUGUUUAAUCUCUUUAUCCCUAAUCUGUAUUGAGUGCCCCCUCAGCGAGUUUGCAGAUGACACCAAAUAAGACAGCAGUGUCGAUGUGCUGGAGGGCUCUGCAGAAGGACCAGGACAGGCGGGAUCCAUGGGCCAAGGCCAAGCGUAUGAGGUUUAACAAGGCCAAGUGCCAGGUCCUGCACACAACAACCCCGUGCAGCUACAGGUAUGGAGAAGAGCGUCUGGAAAGCUGCCUGGAGGAGGAGGCCCUGGGGGUGUUGGUUGACAGCGGCUGAACAUGAGGCAGCAGUGGCCCAGGUGGCCAAGUGGGCCAAGAGCAUCCUGGCUUGGAUCAGCCAUGGAGUGGCCAGCAGGAGCAGGGAAGAGAUUGUGCCCCUGCACUUGGCGCUGGUGAGGCUGCACUUCAAAUCCUGGGUUCAGUUUUGGGCCCCUCACUCCAAGGACAUUGAGGGGCUGGAGCGCAUCCAGAGCAGGGAACGGAGCUGGGGAAGGGGCUGGAGAACAGGAGGUCUGAGAGGCGGCUGAGGGCCCUGGGGGUGUUUAGCCUGGUGAAAAGGAGGCUGAGGGGAGACCUCAUUGCUCUCUGCAGCUCCUGGAAACAAGAUUGUGGUGAGGUGGGUGCUGGGCUUUUUUCCAAAGUAACGAGUGAUGGGACGAGAGAAAAUGGCCUCAAGUUCCACCAGGGCAGGUUUAGGUUGGAUAUUGGGAAAAAUUUCUUUGUGGGAAGAGUGGUGAAGCUGUGGCAGAGGCUUCCCAGGAAGGUGAUGGAGUCUCCAUCCCUGGAGGGGUUUGAAAGCUUGUAGAGGUGGCACUUCGGGGCAUGGUUUAGUAGACACGGUGGGGUUGGGCUGACAGUUGGACUGGAUGGUGUUAGAGAUCCUUUCCCACCUUAAUGAUUCUGUGACGCUGUGGUGCACAGCAAGGUCACUUCUUGUGUUUGGUUUGAUCAUUUAAUCAGUUGGAAGGCAGAAGAAGUCAGGAAAUGGAUAAUAAAGGGAAGAGUCAUAGCUGCCUCAUCCCUGGAGGGGUUCCAGGCCAGGUUGGAUGGGGCUUGCAGCAGCCUGGUCCAGUGGGAGGUGUCUCUGCCCAUGGCAGGAGUUUGGAUCUGGAUGGACUUUGAGGUGUCUUCCUACUCAAACCAUUCCCUGUCUCUCUGAUAGUCGUUGUUGGUAGCUACAUUUCGAUUGUCCCGACUCACCCGAUGCGUAGCCAUGGUGAUGUUAUGAGCUGGGAACCUGAGCCCGCGUGGUUUUGCCUUCUAAAGGCAGUGCCUUUGGGAUGGGGAGCGUCAGUAAAGUCACCGACUGGUUUGACCGUGCAGGUCCUUACCUGCCUGCAUCCCAGCUCUCCGCGCUGCAGGAUCUCUCUCCUGCUGCCUGGCGUUCACCUGCUUCCGCACAGUCGCCAGCACAAGGAUGAGCUUUGGGCCCUGACCCCUGGAGCAGAUCUUCGCUUGGGUGCUCGUUCCCAACUGGGGUUUUCCUCCAGCGACAUAGGUGUGUUCCUGCUGACUGGAUCCAAACAGCAGAUGACUGGGAAGAGCAGGUUCCUGCAGAGCUGCACGCGAGGCUGGUGACUCAGCUGGGAUAAUGUUUCCUUCUGAGGUUCGUGGGCUGAAGGCUGAGGAACGCCUCUAGCAGAGGAGCGCAGUUAGGCACAGCGCACCAGGCAGAGCGCGGUUAGAUGCAUCUUCUGCAUCAGGAUGCAUCCUACAUCAGGAUGCUCUAGGAGAAAGCAGGGAGAGCCAGCGAGCAAAUAUGGAUCCAGUGUCCUGGGGGAGGGAAGACUAUUCCAACAGCAGUGUCCUCUGGUACGUAAGUGCUGUCUGACCAUCUUGUUCUGCUUGAAGGUUCCACAGCUUUGGUAGUGCAGGUGGGAGAGCAGACAUUGCAGGAUCACUGUGCCUUAGUGUUCCAGUUUGGUUUGUAGUAAAACUACAUCUCCCAGCAGGCAACUGGGAUAACUGUCUUACGGAAUACCGAGCUCACUUCCCUUAUAGCCAUCUUGUCAACCUGUGCCCAGCACUGGUAAGCGAGGGUGGUUUGGGAGCCAGACCAAGCAAUAGAGGCCUAACCCAACAGACCAUGGCUGCAAACACAGAGACUCCCCAGCUGAAUCCCGUGAUGGAGCCCCUCUCCUGGAUGCUGGGCACGUGGCUCUCGGACCCGCCGGGAGACGGCACUUUCCCUACGAUGAAGCCCUUCCAGUACCUGGAAGAGGUGCACAUCUCUCACGUGGGGCAGCCCAUGCUCAACUUCUCGUUCAACGCUUUCCAUCCGGACACCAGGAAGCCCAUGCACCGGGAAUGUGGAUUCAUCCGCCUCAAACCCGACACUAACAAGGUGGCCUUCAUCAGUGCCCAGAACACAGGUCUGGUGGAGGUGGAGGAGGGGGAGGUGAAUGGACAAGAGCUGUCGAUAGCUUCUCACUCCAUAGCCAGGAUCUCCUUUGCCAAGAAGCCCCACGUAGAGCAGAUUACCAGAAAAUUCAGGCUCAAUUCUGAUGGCAAACUCGAACAAACUGUCUCAAUGGCAACCACUACGCAGCCCAUGACUCAGCACCUUCACAUUACCUACAAAAAGGUGAUGCCCUGACGCCAGGAGGGCCGAGCCUCCCUGCCGAGGGCGAGGAGCGGGCUGUUGUGCACCGAGAGCAGCGGCAGCGUGGGAGCGCAGCCUGGCAGACCCUGGAGCUGGCUGCCUGCUCUCUUCCCCAGGGCCAUAGAGCUGCCCGUCCUCUUGAGAAUGUUCCUCAGAUGUUUCUGUAAUGGUAUAUUAAAAAAAAAAAAAAUAAAAAAGCUUUUAUUUUUA